CUUCUAAGUAAUGGUGGGUUUGAAUUACAGUGUGCUCUGUAGAGUGUAAAGCAUUAGAAGUUCAACAUAAAAAAAUCAAUGAGCAGCAGCUUUCAAGUUUAUUGACAAUUACAAUCACGUCUGCACCUUUGUAAUAUAGAUGAAUGUAAUAUCAUCAAUCAAUCAAUUUUAUUUAUAAAGCCCAAUAUCACUAAUCACAAUUUGCCUCACAGGGCUUUACGGCAUACAACAUCCCUCUGUCCUUUGGACCCUCACAGCGGAUAAUCCAGAUGGGUGACAAAAAUGAAAAUGACUUUGGCAUAUAUUCUACAAGUCUCUGAACUCUACUGAAGGAAUGAACUCCAUUCUGCUAAAAGAUAUCCAGACUACUCCACGUGACGUCAUUCAUUCAUUAGUCCCUCCAGUCUGGUUGAAUGUGUGUUAAUCAGUGUAAUAAAUACCAUGUGGAUUAUCAACCACUCUUCACACUCUUCCAUGGUCUGUGGUGCUCUAAGGUGACUGCAGUUGUCAGCAGGGCAGGGCAAGUGUGGUCAGCCAUCACGGUGCCGUCAGUGCAGUGACAGCACACUCUUUGGGUCCCUUGGGAAUGUCAGUCCUAUGUAACGUUGUGAUGUUGCUAGGCAACAAAGAAAUCCAGUGAUUCUUGGUGUAAAACUGAGCAUCAUGGGCAAACUUAACUUUCCAACUCAGAACUUAGUGAGUUAAGUUGGCAGCUGACGUGCGAGUGUACUGUAUCUUUGAAUACUAGCUUUCUACCAUUAAAAGUUUUUGUCCUUGAAUCCAAACUAACUUUAGCCUAUUUAUCAAGGAGGCUCCCUACUGUAUGUAAUUAGUAAUUCAUUAAUUUAAUUUCUGCUGUUAUUCUGAUUCAGGAGCAUGGAGUUGAUCUCUUUAUUAUGUGCUGUUACCCUGGUAGUGUUGGUGGCCCAUUCAAAUAUAAAACCCUAAAGAGAAGCUGUGCAGUUAGUUUAUUUGCACAAACAGAGCUGGUGGAUGGAGCAGUGGUACUUUACUACAGUUUUGAUAUACUAUACCUGCAAAUUUAUACUCAUAAAACAUAAGAUAACUUAUAAAGUAUGAUGCGCUAUUAUUGAUUAAAUAAUCUAACAGUAUAAGUCAUAAAUCCCUCCCCUCAACCAGCUACAACAUUAAAAUGCUGUUCCUACUUAAAUGUAUGAAUUCAGUAACAACACAUAUACAAAGAUUUAGGACUUUUAUGUUUAUACUUUGGAAUUGAUACUUUUCCUUAAAAGGGAACACCAUCCAAAUUAAGAAUUCCAGUAUGUUAUCUGACUGAUUUUAUGGACCCACAGAAUGUUUGUUUUUUCUUUUUUAUACCCAAAUGAGAUUUCUUCUAUUGUAGUGUUCUCAGUUAUGAAACAGAAAAUGUCCCCAUUUACUCAGAACAUUCCCCUGGGUUCUCUCAGUGUCAUCUAGAACAGUGGUUCCCAACUGGUUCAGCCACAGUAUUCAGAUUUCUCCGUAGUCAUCAGUUUAAGGUCCACACAGUUUAAUACAUUCAGCAUUACUCUUGGGUCUGGCCAUGUCGUCGAGCUAGUUUUCAGUCUCUGUCAAGUAGCCGUCCUAUAGUUACUCACUUUACAGCAGGAAACAGCACUUAAAAAUGCAGCUAAGUGCUGGAAAUUCACUGUAAAUCAAAAUAGAGAAUGUUUUAUACAAACUAGACAUGUUUGCAAGUCACUUUAGGUUCAUUCAGAAUGGACCCACGACCCACUUUUGGUCCGCAACCUACCAGUGGGGAACCACUGAUCUAGAACAUCUUUCCUAAUUCAUUGUUUAUGGAGCAGCUCCAGACUUUAUACCCUAUAUCAUCACACAUUUGAAUUUUAGCAUUCAAGCUUUUGGAUUUGGGAGAGAGUUGUUCAUGUCUACUAAUAUUUUUUGGACUGUCUUAGACCAUAAGGAUAACAUGUAAGAAUUUUGAAAAUGGCUGCAGUUUCCCUUUAUGUAAAGCAUCUGAAUGCUUCCUCUAUCACUUCAGCUCGCCCCAUUUACCAGAUUUAUAGUUUAAUUUCCCAGUAGAUAUUUCCAUUUCAAAAGUUUGCUCUCAUGGUGUUGUAACACAUUGGAUAUAAUCACAUACGAAAUAAUAUAUUGUAUGCACAUGUGACUGGGCAAGUUGGUCUGACCACCUGUUGUGCUUUUUAUUAUAUAUUAAAGGGACAGUUCACCCAAAAUCCAAAAAUACGUAUUUUUCCUCUCAGCAGUUUCAUGUGGGAACUAUUUUCUCUCUACCAAACACGGACGUCAGGCUCCUUCUUGAAAGCACAAACAUCAGUGCUGUCCACCUUGGCUAAGGUGUAGCGUUAGCUUGUUCAGGGGUUGCUAGGUAAGCUAGCAGUAGAUGCAUGCCUCCUUCUGUGUGGUGGUACAGUUGAAAGAAAAUAGUUCCUACAUCGAUCUGCUCACAGCAAUGUUUGUGGAUUAUCUUGAGUUAGAAAGUCAUGAUUUCUGAAAAGAGACGUUGUUGUAUGCUAUCUAGUUACAUUAUACUGGAGAGAAGGCAGACGCCUCCACGGUCAAUAUCUCCAACACUCCACAACUCACACCAAAACAAUCUAGACUGACAUACAGCACUACAGGUAAGAGGACAAAAUAUGUAUUUUUAAUUUUAGGAUGAACUGUUCCUUUAACUUAGGGCCACAUUUUGCAUAUUACAAUAUAUCAUUUUAAAGGGUCCUGUUGUUCCCUUACUUGGGACAUUUAGUAUGCUAAAGUAGAGUGUAUUGAGUAGCAUGGACAAUUCUGUGCUGGCCGCUGACCCUCUUGGUUUGAAACAGAGACAGGCACUCUUUCAACGAGGUAAAAGCUACACAUUGAUACAAUGAAGGCAACAUGCAGGUUUCCAUUUUCACCACAAAUAAGCUUUUUUUUUUAAAGUGUAUGGUGCAACUAAGUGCGUAAAAUGUGAAAGCCAACCUAUAAAACAUCAUCUUUACUGAGAGAUUCUCCCUGCUGAUGAGUGAAAUGAUCACUGAUAGUAAUUGUUUUUUCCAUCAGCAGGAAUCAAUACAUCAAUCAAUGCUCAUGAAAAAAUAGUUUAAGGGCAAUGAGUGGUUGCUGUGGUAGUCACAUGCUCUUUUUGGUGAUGUCCUUACAUAACUUUCUUGUCCUUUAAUUACCUCAUUUUACGUAUUUCUUAAUAUAAAUACAUCAACUGUCCCAAACAGUGUUAAUGAUAUCAGCAUAUCACUGUUACCUUGGUAGUAAUUGUAAGUCUGUGAACAUUUGUGGAAUUCAAUGUGCCUAGAGGUAUUAUGUAAUGCCGGGACUGCUGAAUAGAGAGCCAGUUACUGAUGGCCAGCCUUUUCUGUUGCUGUUCAUGUUGCAUAUAUAUUCAUAGAAACAGUGCACACUGAGUUAUAACUGUGGGUAUUUGUCUCUGCCUGUCUGUUGCGUGCAUUGUGGCUGCAGCAUGAGUUUAUGUCGAGUUGUGUUAGUGUAGAGCUGAGUUGCCGGGGCUGUGUCACACAGGGAGUCACCACGAGAGGGAGGGACUUAGGCAGCAGGACAAUGCUGGUGUUUGUGCAACGGCCCCUGAGUGGCGGCUGGCUCUCUCAGAUCGCUCUCGCUUGACUACCAUUGCUGCACACAUUGUUGAAGUGAAAGGAAAGUGGACAGCUUGAUCCUGUCUGUGGGAUGCACCGACUGAGCUCUUUGUUAAAUGCUGGAUUCCAAUUGCGGUGAAAGAAUACCGACUGUAUGAGAGAGACUGGGUUUUAAUGUGAGGUACAACAAAGCAGAAAGGCUGGCCAGAAGACACAAAUUCAACAUUAGUGGUUUUGGCCACGACAGAAAAAAAAGGGCGUCCACCCCUGCCGUACCAGGGCAAAGAAGAAGAAGAAGGCGGUCCAUUGUUGCCACAUUAGAAGAAUCAGUGGGCAGCAUUUGUGGCGUGGGUGGGCAGGUGAGGGUUGAGCUGUGGUGACAACUUUGGCCUGCGUGCUGAAGUGUGGGAGAGAAGAGGAAGAGGAAAAAGGAAGACAAAGAGGAGGGGUUGGUGGUGGAGGAGGAGGAGGACGAGGAGGAGGAGGAGGAGAGGAGAGGAGUAGUAGGCCUGGGCCUGGAGCCCAAACACAAGCAGGAUGUCAGAGAAGAAAGUUAGCAGCCUCCCUGCUAAGCUGAUUAAUGGGGGCGUGGCAGGCCUGGUUGGUGUGACAUGUGUAUUUCCUAUUGACCUGGCCAAGACCCGCCUACAGAACCAGCAGGGCGUCCAAGUCUACAAAGGAAUGCUGGAUUGCCUUGCCAAGACGAUACGCUCGGAAGGCUAUUUUGGAUGCUACAGAGGUGCAGCCGUGAACCUCACUCUAGUUACGCCAGAAAAAGCCAUCAAGCUGGCUGCCAAUGACGUCUUCAGACAGAAGCUGUCUAAGGACGGGCAUUUGCCCCUGUGGGGCGAGGUACUGGCAGGAUGUGGGGCUGGGACGUGUCAGGUGGUCGUCACCACUCCCAUGGAGAUGCUUAAGAUCCAGCUGCAGGAUGCAGGAAGGCUCGCUGCCCAGAGGCCUGUUCGAACUCCAGCUCAGGCUGCUGCUCCGGGAUCAGGUCCAGCUCCAUCGUUGGUAGCCCCACCACCGGCACAACCUCGACCUCGGCCCUCAGCCACCGGCAUCACUGCGGAGCUGCUGAAGACUCGUGGGCUGGCAGGCCUCUACAGGGGAGCAGGAGCCACCUUAAUGAGGGAUGUCCCUUUCUCAAUGAUCUACUUCCCACUGUUUGCCAACCUAAACGCGCUGGGCCUUGAAAAAGUGGGUGAUGUGCAGGCCCGGGCACCAUUCUGGCAGUCGUUUUUGGCAGGCUGCACCGCAGGCUCAGUGGCAGCUGUGGCUGUAACACCACUGGAUGUCAUAAAGACUCGCCUGCAGACCUUGCAAAAAGGUGAGGGAGAGGACACAUACAGAGGAAUCGUUGACUGCACACGGCGCAUCAUGAUGCGAGAGGGCCCAUCAGCAUUCCUGAAGGGUGCAACAUGCCGUGCUCUCGUAAUCGCCCCUCUAUUUGGCAUUGCACAAGGUGUCUACUUUCUCGGGGUAGGGGAGACGGUGCUAGGUUUGCUGGGAUAGCAGUGCUUGGCAUUGGUGGUGGUGGUGGUUGUGUUGUCUCUGCUGCUUUAAUCUGCAGUGAAUGAAUGACACAACUGGGUGAAUGGUGAAUACAGAGAGAGGGGAAAUACGGCCACAAUCUGCUAACCAAAGGAAGACGGGACGGUCUGAGAAAUGAAGAGGCUCUAUUUACUAAUAUGUGAACCGAUGGGUUCACACUAAUCAUGUUUCUCUAGGUUUGUACAUGCUGUUAACAGGGGUCUGGAAGUUCAACAGGGUCCUGUGUAUGUGUGUGACUAAUCUGAGAGUAUGUCUCAAGUUGUCUGGGUUUUCCCGGCGUGCUUGCUGCAAUAUGUCUGGGGCUGUCCUUUCACCUGAGAGAGAUUAUUCUCUCUGGUUGUUAAGCGAGAGCUGCUGCAUGUUGUCUGAGGCUGCUAACUUAAAUGCCUACCGAGCUGACCAUUUGUGUGGUCACGACGAAGAACUGUGCAUCAUCCUAUGUAAGUGACAAAUCCCCUUUUCAAUCUUUAUCAGAAAAUAAGAUUGCAUAACGUUUGAUGUCAGAGUCUGAACUGGCUAUUUUGGUCUGACUUCAAAUGCCAUUUACUUUAGAUUACAAUGUUUGAUGUGUUCCUCUGAAAAAAAAGCUUAACGUCCUUCUGCCUACCCUGUUAUGCGUUCCUCCCACUCCACCCGUGAGGUCUGAGUUGUAAUCUUGGAUUCCUUCAGUGGAUUGGGAGGUGCUGGCUGCCAGAAACUGUAAGGUCAUUUGUUAAUCUGAUGGUAAUGCUUUAAUCCCAGCAUUAGUGUACAAUAUACCCUAACACACAGCUCACUUCCUGCCUAAAGGCCACAGGUUAGACUGCUGGGCCUCUGUCUUGUAGCCUUGACUUCCUAUUCUCCUCACAGCUUGGAAGGGUUUUGGCCCAGGGCUCAUUUUACUUGCUUAGAUACACAUAUAAAUACAUUGCUUCAAAUGAUGUGCGCACAAUAACUAAAAAAAACAUGCAAUUAAAGCCUUAUCAUUGCUGAUAGUUUCUAAAGCAUCAAAACUGUAAGUCUUAAACAAAUUCAGUGGAAUUGGUGGUAUUGAAACAUUGAUUUGGUACUUGAGUCCAACUUAGCGAGGACAAUUCAAUUUGUUGAACCCAUGGAGGGAGUAUGGCACCUUGUCUCGCCAACUGUUUGCCAUUACUGAAGUCCACUGGGUGGCACUAAAAGCUUUUUUUUUCCCUUUCCUUUUUUUUUUUUUUUUUUUUUUACAUUUUUAAU